UAGAGAGUAUUAGCAAGUCUUAUUUAAUACAGAGUUAAGCGACAGUUCUUAACAGGUUAAUGAAACUCUAUAAAAUAAAAUUCUAUAACUCUUAAAGAUUCUUAAAAAUUCUUUCGUCCAUGUUAAUGCCUGGUUAAAUAGGAAGACUGUCUCCCGAGGUAAAUUUACUGCAUAUUCAUGUUUUCUCAGAAAUGACAAAAGAUGAAAUCAUCGCACAAUGUAUUACCAUCUUUCUGGCUGGCUACGAAACCACGGCGGCGACCUUACAGUACAUGGUCUACUUACUGGCCGUCAACCCUGACAAGCAGGAGAAACUCUACAACGAGAUCAUCACAACUAUUGGCGAUGAUACAGCUACCUAUGAGAAUGUGAUGAGCCUCAAAUAUCUGGACAACACUCUUAAAGAAACGCUGCGAUGCUUUCCACCGAUCCCAUUCGUAACUCGCAUUGCAGCCGAGACGAGAACAAUUAAAGAUGUCACAAUCCGAGCUGGAACGUCUGUCGGUGUUUCCAUCGGCUCCAUCAUGCAAGACGACGAGAUCUUCCCUGAGCCCAGCAAGUUCCUUCCGGAGAGGUUUGACAACGAGGACAUGCCAACCCUGGUACGCGAGUUGGCCUUCGGGGCGGGUCCUCGUCAGUGUAUCGGCAUGAGACUGGCGCAGUACGAGGCCAAGAUGGCCGCCGUCACCAUCAUCCGACGGUUCCGGUUCAUUAAAGUGCCGGAGACCCCUGAAAUGAUCACGUUCAGUACCUCAGCAAGGUUUUCCUCCCCUGAUAAACUAAUCUUCGUGGGGACUGAACUGCGCAACAGUCAGUGAGAGCGCCCUCCUGGUUUAACUGAAGGAUGCAGCAGAGAUGGUGACGUCAUGGAAAGAGCUUAGCUUACCUUCACAAAGACGCUUACUUACCUACUUAACGUCCGUGUGCUGUGAAGAAAUGUCAAAUACAAUAUAAUCCCUGGUAAGUUUUCAUUUGACCUGCAGUUUGGUGGCUGCUGGGAUCACCGCGCAUUGAGCGCAUCUUUGUGAUGUGGAUACUGGCGCGCUAUAAAACUACAUCAUCAUCAUCAUCAUACUAAACCGAUAAUGGUGGUCAAACCAUAUAUUGUUAUUAUUAAAUUAUUAUUACAUUAUUAUGCCAGACUUUGCUUUAGUCUAUAAAGUAUUCAGUAAUAAUUAUCAACUUAUUCAUGAAAUUCCUGAUGCUUGUAUGUUUCGCUGACUUUUUUCCUGCGCAUAAGUUUUUUGUUGUAAUUUUGGUUUACAUACCUUGUGAACUCGAUUUAGAAUAUAAACGUGUUAGUGCAGUUAAAGAGAAUGGAUCUCUCGUCUAUGGCUUACUAUCCUGUUUAGCUACUGUAAGUAUACAAAAGUACAGCAGAUAUAUUAAAUAUACCAGCUUCACACUAA